GCAUUUGAUAAAACCAUUGCGAAGGACAACUCCCUAGCUGUCGGCUUCUUUCAGAGAGGGUUUGUCCAUCUGCAGCUGGAAAUGUACGAAGAAGCUCUCUCUGACUAUCGUAUGGCCUUCAGUCAUCUGAGAAAAAACCCCUUCAUCGACUACAAGCAGCUGGGGUUGAGACACAUACUCUAUGCAUGGGAGGUGCUGUACAACACUGCAGCAGCGCAGUGCCGGCUGCAGCAGUGGCAGGAGGCCAGGGUCACCCUAGAUCAGGCCAUGGUAUGGAGGCCUGAAGGGAGAACAGCCAUCCUGGACCUGGCCCUUGAGCGGGUGCAGGACCGUCUGUUUUUAGAGCCCAUGCAGGUUCCUCUUGGGGAAUUUUUCAGACCACGAAAGAAGGAAGUUGAGCAGCUGGAUUCAAAAGAUUUCCUGGGUAAACCCAAGGUCAUCUCAUCCAUCAUUCCCAAUGAUGAGUACAUUGGCUUCGAGCCUCUCAGGCCUCAGAAACAGGGCUUUUAUGAACCCAGUGCUGAUGCUCUGCGAGACAGUGAAUCGGGCUACUGUCAAGUUUUGUCCCACUAUUACCCUGAGGACUCGGAGAAGCUGGCAGUGAAAGCCAGCAGUUUGGUCUUCGUGCUGACGAGAGGAGCGGAUGGCUGGGCUACAGCCAUACACGAUGGACAGAAGCUGCGCAUACCGAGCUCUCUCCUGGAGCCUGCCUCAAAGAUGGAUAAAUGGAAGAUCAGCAACGGGAUUCCCCUCCCUCCUGCCCAGGUGCCUCCCAGCCGACUCCACGUGAAGCAGAAGCCAGGAUCUCCUGGGGGAGAAAGUGCCUCUGCAAAUGAUGCCGGUGCUGAAAUGGACUUCCAGAUCCCACUGCCCCACGGAGAAGCUUCCUCCAGCACGGACAGACCCGUGGUGCUGCGAGCGCGUUGCGAGUGCAGUGUGGUGGUGAGGGCCGGCAAGGUGCCGUCCCUGCCGGACCUGCGGGCUCUGCUGCGGGAGCGGUUUGGCCAACAGGCAGAGCAAGGGAGGCUGAGCUACAGGCAUUCGGAUGGCAAAGAGCUGGGUGCAGUUUCAGGAGAGGAGGAUCUAGGGAAGAUGUGGCAGCAGCUGACAGAUGGCAGGCUGACGCUCUGCUGCCAGGACUCGGACUCCCACCCAGGCAGAGCCGUCCUUUACCGGAUGCUGGCUCAGCACUCUUACCUUGCGCAGGGACCGGGGGACCUGGAGUUCAGCAAGGGAGACGUGCUGGAUAUUCUCUCUGAAGGUAGCUCUCCAGUCCUGUCUGCAG